CUCUCUCUUUCUUUCUUACUCUUGUAUGGAUCAAAAAGGAGGAAACUUUGAGACACCCACACACACACACACACACAAAGCUCUGCCAGCUCCCAUCUGAAAGGAAUUCCAUGCUGCUCCACAAAUACAAGAGAGAGAGAGAGGAGAGAGAGAAAGAGACCCAGUAGGCCAUUAUGUGAUAUGAUCUAAGGGUCAGCUACAGAUGUACUGGUAGCCAAAAAAAAGAGACAAACAGUCUACGCUUAUGAUCAUGGACGCUGAAAAUGGGAUCCGAAGACCUAAUUUUCCAUUACAAUUGUUGGAGAAAAAAGAAGAACACCACCCUUGUUCCACCUCCGCCAACAACGGAACAUCAACCACUACUCCAAUUCUUCAAUCCUCUUCUUCUUCUUCACCCAACAAGCCCCCUCCCAAAAGGGCCACCACCAAAGACCGCCACACCAAAGUCGACGGCCGCGGUCGCCGUAUUCGUAUGCCUGCUCUUUGCGCUGCUAGGGUUUUUCAGCUCACUAGAGAACUCGGCCACAAGUCCGAUGGCGAAACAAUUGAGUGGCUUCUACAGCAAGCUGAGCCCGCCGUAAUUGCCGCUACCGGAACCGGUACAAUUCCGGCGAAUUUCACUUCACUUAAUAUUUCCCUUCGUAGCUCCGGCUCCACCAUCUCCGCCCCUUCCCACUUCCGAACGAGCUAUUUCAACCCGACCCAAUUCGCCGUCAGAACAAGAUCCGAUCUUUGGGAUCGGAGUAACGCUCUCGUGGAUGAUUCUUCUACAUUCUUGAAUUUCAACUCUUCGAACUAUGUCAAGCACGAUCAGGGUGGAAUUGAUUUGACUGAGGCGGGAAAAAAACGGCGGCCGGAGCAGUCGGAAUCUUCAUCGGAAAAUCCAAUCGGGAAUUAUUUAGUUCAAUCGAAUUCCGGGUCGAUUCCAGCGAGUCACGGCACGGCGGUACCGACGACAUUUUGGAUGAUGACGAAUCCGAGUAAUCCAGCGAGUGAUCCGAUGUGGACAUUCCCGUCGAUGAGUAGCAGCAGUAUGUUCAGAGGAGCAGCUGCAGCUGGUGGCAGUGGCGGGUUUCAUUUCAUGAAUCUUCCACCGCCAAUGGCUCUUUUGCCAACUGCCCAACCGUUGGGCUCCGGGAUCGGUGGCAGUGGCGGCGGUCCAGCCACCGACACCCACUUGGGGAUGUUAGCAGCGCUGAGUGCUUAUAGAACGAUGCCGGGAUUGUCAGUGUCAGAGUCUCCGACAAGAGGAGUGGCGGCUGUUCAUCAAAGUGGGAAUGAAGCUCAUGAUUCCACUUCAAAUCGUGAUCAAUCUUAGACCCACAAGACAUCUCAAAAAAACAUGUAUGCUUGCUGCUUUUCAAUCCUAAUACAUACUUUUUUCUUUAAUUUCUUUCUUUUAGUGAUUGAUUUUCUGAGUAAAUACACCAAAAAAAAAGAGUGAUAGUUGUUUAUUGCGGUUUGUGUGUAUGAGUUUUCAUUAAAACUGCAAUGUUCUUUAGUAUCAUAGUAGCUGCGAUGGAUUUGGUAAGCAAUUAAGGCUUUUUUGAUUACCAAAAACAAGGCUUGGAUUUGGCUUGUGUUCCCCCCGCCGGCAUCUGCCUAUGUUUUCAUCAUAUAAAUGAAUAUCAACCUGAGUAUUUUCGGUUUUUGAAUGUUA